AUGAGAAAAAACCGCAAUGCGAACGACAAGUCACUCCGCGAUUCUCGUACGCGGAAGGGCAUGAAGAAGCUCCAGCCGAAGCUCGAAGCCAUACAACAGGUGGCCAGCUUCACGGGGGUCGUCGGGGCAGCCGAGCCCACUGGAUCCCUCGCUAUCGUCUCUCAGAUCGUCAGCGCGAGCUGCUCCGUCGGGAUCCAACUAGCCGGCGCUGCCGACACCCUCGAUACCGAGAUCCACCGUCUUUUCGAUCUCGCGCCGCGAUUGCUCCAAUGUGAUGCAAUUGCGCUGAGUACGAAGGAGCCUGAACUCCUUCGGAAAGAUCUUGUGAAAGUGUACACUGGGAUGUUCAGAUUCUACUUGGUAGCGAUGAAGAUAUUCCAGUACCAUCGAAACUUCGGCGCCGCGAUUAUGAAGCACCGGGAUGAGAUUACUGAAGCUGUGAAUGAGUUUUCCAGCUUCUGGGAUCACUUCCUUGAGGGAGUUCAGAUAGACACGUUGGAGACGGCCGCGGAAACCCUCGACGUGUCUCGCAAAAACCAGAUUGCAAAGAUUCUGGAGAGAGAAUGCUCUCACGAGCUUGCAUACAGACCCUCGACGCCAGCUGCUGGCACCUGUCAAUGGCUGUUUUCCACCCAUGGCCCAUUCAAGUUUUGGAAUCAGUCCCCCACACCAGCCACUCAUUUCCUUACCAUGUUUGGCGCCAUGGGAUCUGGCAAAACAGUGGCCACCGCGUACCUUGCGGAUCAUCUCGCAUCCGAUUCAAAAGAUCGCACAGUCCUCCGCUACUACAUUCACAAUGAUAGCGAGAGGAGUGAGCCUACAAAUAUCUACUGCAGUCUGAUCCGGCAGUUCCUUUCCUGGCACCCCAAACUCGAGGUGUAUCUUUGGCAGCUACUCCAGGAGUGCACUGCCACGGAUCCCCAACGACAGUCGCGGAGACCGGAAGUGCUGAGGCAGUGCUUCAUUGGACUGCUUGAUGCUGGGCCCAAGCAAGUUUGCAUCUUCCUCGAUGCACUCGACGCUUUGGAUUUUGAGGCCCGGGAAGAGCUAAAUCACUUCUUCCAAGAUCUCCGCAAACUGAUGUGUCAGUGCAAGGUCUUCCUUACGUCGCAGCCGAACAGCUGCGUGAAGAAGCUGGUGCCGGGAGAGACGUUUGACAUCGAGAAGUUGCGCAAGGAUAUCCGUGAAGAGAACUACCGUAUCGCCAAGCACCUGAUGGACGCGAAGUUCUUCGAGGAUGGACGGAGACAUCAGUACAGCAAGGCAGAGCAGCAGCGCUUGAUUAAGGAAAUCUCAGUGUUGGCUGACGGAUCUCCGAUGAUGGUCUACCUGAACGUGGCACACGCCGAUGCACUCACUCGAGGAGCGCUGUAUCGGAGCGCCGACAAGGUACUGCAAGUCAUCGAAAAUGCACCAUCCGGGCACUCCAAGAUACCGCAGAAGUGGACAGAAAUACGGAAGCAGGUGCUUGAACACCUUGAUGUUGACCGGGAGAUGGUAAACCCCCUUCUCCGAUUCCUUGCCAUCACUUCCCGGCCAGUUACGAUACGGGAGGCCUGCGCAUUCGUCGUCUACGACACUCAGGAUGGCGACAAGCUGCCUCAAGAACUCAAUAUCCAGGAGCAGAAGAAUAUCAUUCAAACGAUCCGCCCCUUUGUCAUAACAGACGACGAGUCCGACCCCGAGUCAGUGCUGCGGCUUUACCACAACUCGCUCCAAAAGCUCAUCCUGUUGAAGGAGCCAAGCACGUGGGACUCGGCGGACGACAUCAAAGAUGACAAGAAUCUCAUCCAACGCAAGACAAAGAUGAACGGAGCCAUGGCGUCCAAAUGCAUCCGCUACCUGCAAUUCCCCGACUGCUCGAAGAAGGACUUCAUCCAAUCCGGCCAGCCUCAGGCCGCCUUCUUCAACUACGCCGCCUGCGCCUGGCCGCACCACAUGGCCAACUCCGCGGGCGGCCCAACCGCCGAGCAAGUCGACGGCAUCGUGGCAAUCUGCAAGCCAGGGUCGGGCAUCCUGCUGAACUGGACGGACCAGAACUACCUCCACACAAAGACCUUCCUCCCCGACGACCCCGCCGCGGUCCUCGACGCCCUCGUCAUCGCCGUGCACUUCAGACUGGACGCGCUGACAGCCAUGAUACUCGACCGCCCUGACGCCUUCCAACCGCCGCACUUCCACCCCCAAUCCGCCUCGCACGCCCUCACCUGCUUGCUCCAGACCUCGCGCUUCAGCCUGGCCAACCACCUCAUCUCUAAAUCCGGCUCCCGCCUCCGCACCCUCGCUGUCUGGACCCACGUCAUGCGGCUCUACAGCCCCUACCCCGACUUCUGGCUCCCCAAGCCCCUGACUGACGACGACCUCAGGGGGUUAACCAAGCCCGAAGCCUCCUCCAAGCAAGCCGCGCACGAGCAAACCCGCAACGCCGCCCUCGCGGCCCUCAAGCAGCGCGAGCACGCCUGGCAAGCCUUCCUCGACCCCUUCGUCACGCACCUCCUCCCCGUCCUCGGCGCCGACGCCCUCUGCGAAGCCGUCGCUAACGGAUGCCUGUCCGUCGUGAAGAAGCUGUUCGCCUGCGCCAGCCGCGACACCACUCUCCGCCGAAAACUGCUCGAGCCGCGCGGCCACGCCAGCCGCGAUGGUGGUGGCAGCGAGCAGCAGCACCAAGUCGUCGGCGUGGCGGCGCAGCAGGGCGACGUGGAUAUGCUGCGUUUUUUGCUCAGGCAACCAGGUAUGGAGAAGCUCGUGCGGCACUUGGGCCCGGGCGGUGAAACGGUUUUCCAUGCGGCGGCGCAGAUGGUGUGUUCGGAGUUCAGGCCGGAGGUGUUUGCGGAGUUGAGGAGGGCGUGGCCCGAGGGCGUGGAUGUGUUGGAUGGGAGGGCGCGGCAUUUUCGGGAUUUGCUGAGGGCGGGGGAGAGUGAGUUGGUGCCGUGA